GAGAGAGAGAGAGAGAGAGAGAGAGAGAGCGAUACAGACAGACAGAGAAAGACUCAGAAAGAGGCUCAUACUUUCACUGUUGUAAUUUCUCAGGUGGAUACAACAAUUUACACAACAUGGGAUUUUUCGAGUUCUUCAAAGACUUUUUUCUGGGUUUCUGGGAUUAUGAGACCCCGAAGAUUAUGAUAGUGAAGAACAGGAAACUGGGUGUCAUUUACAGAUCCGUACAGCUUCUGGUCAUCACAUAUUUCAUUUGGUAUGUGUUCAUCAGUCAGAAGGCGUAUCAGGACACCGAGGACCGUCCAGAGAGUUCUGUCUACACUGAGAUGAGAGGAGUGGCCAUACUGGGAGACAGCGUACAGGACACGACCGAGUACGCCAAGCCUUCUGAGGGUGGUGAUGUCAUCAGUACGAUACUGAGAAGGGAGGUGACACACAACCAAAGACAGAGCACGUGUGCUGAACAUUUCAACAUCCCGAAUGCAAACUGCACAUCGGAUGCAGACUGCGUCCCGGGCGAGCUGGACUUCGACGGUCACGGUCAGAGAACAGGCUACUGUGUGCCUUAUUAUAAUUACACCUUUAAAACCUGCGAAGUCAAGAGCUGGUGUCCGAUCGAGGAAGUCGCUGCGGAGAUAGAGCCACCGCUGGAAGAAGCCAUCAACUUCACCGUCUUCAUAAGGAACUCCAUCCACUUCCCAAAGUUCAAAGUGCUCAGGGUGAACAUCAAACCAAGGAAGCCGAAGAAGCUCCUGCGGUGUCAUUACCACCCCGAGACCAACCCCUACUGCCCCGUGUUCAGACUCGGCUACAUCGCCCAUCAGGCUCGAGAGAAAUUCAGCGAACUCUGCAAAACUGGCGGAGUGAUCGGAGCUUUCAUUAACUGGAACUGCGACUUUGAUGUCGAUCCGUCGGAAUGCGUUCCUACUUACUCGUUCCGGAGGUUAGACCUUAGGAAAACCCUGACCAGCUCGGGUUACCACUACAGGUUUGCCAAGUACUACUACAAGAACGGAGUGGAGUACAGAUCACUUAUAAAAGCGUUCGGGAUUCGUUUGGAUGUCAUCGUACACGGCCAUGCAGGAAAAUUUAGCCUCAUCCCGACCAUCAUCAAUGCGGUCACAGCCAUGACCUCAGUGGGAAUAUGCUCCAUCAUCUGUGAUUGGAUCAUGUUGACGUUUAUCGAUAAGAACGAGGUCUACAGUGGAAAGAAGUUUGACGACGUUACAAAGAACCCGAACCCACCAGUCGUCACAGAGAUCACUCUCACCAGUUAUGGCUCCACCCACUCUGACCUCUCAGAUGGGGUGCCAUUGUGAGGCUCCGCCCCCAUCAGCAUUCUAUGCCUGGAUGACUGAUCAGAUUUUUUUUUCACAAAUGGACUCUGAGAAAACUUCUGCUUCGACCUACAGCAUUCAGAAUCUACAUACGAGCUAAUCUGAACUAAAAUACCGACUAAUAAUCUGGCUGUUACGUAGACGACUCAUCAGCCCUCAUGGUAAUCUGACGUACAUAUACUGAUGUAGAACCUUAGACGUAUAUUGUAAAUAAAAGUCAAAUCGACAUUUGUUGGGGAAGACCUAUAAACCUCCUAUAAAGUUCAAAGUGAUAUUUAGCACAAA